CGUACCCACACUAUAACUUGUACUCAUAUACCCCAAUUUUCGAAGAUGAAGACUUAUGGCUGGAGAUUUUCCCUUGGUUGCCUGUUGUUGCUGAUUUUGGCAAAUAUAUCUGGGGGGUAUAGCGAAUGCACGGAUUGGUGUGUAGCAAGAAGUGAAGCAUCAGAUGCAGUGAUACAAAAAUCAUUAGACUGGGUAUGCAACUAUGGUCCUAUUGCUUGUACCAGAAUACAACCAGGACAACCCUGUUAUCGACCAAAUGACUUAAGAGGUGUUGCCUCCGCCGCCUUCAACGACUACUGGCAGCUAGUCAAGCAUUCCCCAGGUGCCCUUUGUGAUAUUUUUGGUGCCGCCUCUUUGGUUCAUCAAGACCCAAGUCAUGACAAUUGCCCAUUUUCCUGCAAACCUUGAAGGGAAUUCAAUAUUGUAGGAACAAACUUGUUCUAGUUAUCUUUCAAUCGACCUCUAUAUGUUACACAGUAACUUUUAGUUUUUACAGCGGAUUUAAUAAAUUUC